GUCAUGGCUGUGUUCAAGUUCGCUGUGCUGGCCCUGUUGCUGGUGUCUGCUUUUGCAGAGGAGAUUGAGACCAAUGUGGAGGAUCUCCCCAUCUCUGACCUGCUGGCCAGGGCCAACACUGGCCUGACUCUGGAGGCUGAUGAGCCCAUGCUGCUGGAUGACAUUGCUGUGGACGAUGAGAACGAGAGGAACGCAGACCCCUGCACCUCCCGCGGCUGCCUGUGGCCCAAGUCCAGCGACGGCAGAGUCUACGUUCCUGUCUACAUCAGCAGAGACUUCUCCUCCCGUGAGAAGCAGAUCAUCGAGCGUGGCCUGGCCUCCUUCUCCAAGAUCUCCUGCAUCACCUUCAAGCCCCGCACCAACCAGAGGGACUACCUGGGAAUUUACUCCAAGAGCGGGUGUUACUCCUAUGUGGGUCGCCGUGGUAACCAGCAGGUGGUCUCCCUGUCCAAGAGAGGCUGUCUGUACCACAAGACCGUCCAGCACGAGCUGCUCCACGCUCUGGGCUUCAACCACGAGCAGACCCGCAGCGACCGCGACAACCACAUCCGCGUCAUGUGGGACAACGUCAUCCAGGACAAGAAGCACAACUUUAACAAGAUCGCCACUCUGAACCAGGGAACAGCCUACGAUUACAACUCAGUUAUGCAGUACUCCAGGUACGCCUUCUCAAAGAACAACCAGGCCACCAUGGUGCCCAUUCCCAAUGCCAACGUGGACAUCGGUAAGGCCUCUGAGAUGAGCAAGAAUGAUAUCGACAGGCUCAACAGACUCUACAAGUGUGCAUAAAGGAAUGGCAAGCUGCAAUAUCUCCUGAUUGGUGCACCAUAAGGCCUUCCAUUGGACAACACCACGAGGCCUUUCAUUGGACAACACACCAUGAGCCCUUCCUUCCAUUGGACAACACACCAUGAGCCCUUCCUUCCAUUGGACAACACCACAAGGCCUUUCACUCGACAACACCAUGAGCCCUUCCUUCCAUUGGACAACACCAUGAGGCCUUUCACUCGACAACACCAUGAGCCCUUCCAUUGCACUUCUGCUCCCGAUGUGCCACAGUCAGGCUGUGGACUGUGCCGUUGCUUCAUUAAUAAAGCUAUGCAACUCUACAACAAUAUGAAACCCCCUGUCAUAAAUAAAG